AUGGCGAUGCCAAUGCUGAGGCAUCUGUUGAUGCCAUCGCUACGGAGGGCAGUCGCCACUGCAGCUCGUCCUGUGGCGAAAUCUGCUUUCCUGAAACCGUCGCCCUUCCGCUCUUUCUCCUCAACACCGGCACAGAACGCGACACUGAACCAAGUUCUCAAGGGCUGCCGCAAAACCCGCCGAGCCCGCCACGCCGUCUCGCCCGCCCUCGCCGGCGGCCACGACCCGCAGCGCAAGGGCGUGUGCAUCAAGGUCGGCAUCACGCGGCCCAAGAAGCCCAACUCGGGCGAGCGAAAGACGGCGCGUGUGCGCCUGACCACCGGCAAGACCAUCACGGCCUACAUCCCGGGCGAGGGCCACAACAUCCAGCAGCACAGCGUGGUCCUGGUCCGCGGCGGCAGGGCGCAGGAUUGUCCCGGUGUGCGGUACAAGCUGGUCAGGGGCGCGCUGGACCUGGGCGGCGUGACGAACAGGACGAACGCCCGGAGCAAGUACGGUACCAAGAAGCCCAAGAAGGCGAGUCUUGGUUAA